UUCGACUCGUUUUGUCAAAGGCUCUAGAGAGAAUUUAUUUUUAUAAACACCUGGGAGCCGUUUAUGCAUUUGUGUUGUUUUAUCAUUCUUAAUAUUCACAUUGAUCUUACUAGCAUUGAAACACGUAAAAGCAUAUGUUUCUCAAAAUAAUGAUAUUUAAUGUGAUGUCAUUUAAGGUUAUUGUCAUUUAUUCAAAGACAAACAAGGAGUGAAGUUAAAUAUUCUUCUUAUAAAGGGAUGAUGGUUAAUAAAGUAAAUAGAAGACACAUUCUUUUGGGCAGUCGGGCAUAACAUUGUCAUAUACUCACGGUGACGGUGUUCCUUGUGUCGCAGGAUGACUAGGCGAGGCUGGUACGAGAAGGUCGGGAAGUAUAACUUCAACCUCAAAAAAUAAUCUCGAAGAACCAACAAAUAUUGAACUAUGGAUGACUUUCACUGCUUCCAUGUAGCAUAAAACGGCAGCUGUAGUUAUUUUGACAUUGUUACAAUAACUAUUGGACAGAAUGGCAGAAGCAAAUAGUUCGGUUGAUGGAAAAGAAUACUUUUCCAGAGUGCAGUUUGCACUGACUGAUUGUGGUAAUAAAUUGUUAUCACAUCUGUUGCAAAGAAGAGUCAGGGAACUCACUCCAAAAGAGUACCCGGCUAAACCUAAAUCCUGGUCACUUGAUGAAUUUUUAAAUCAUAACAUGGCAGAUAUUUUGUUAUCUGUUGGUAAAGAUAGAAGCAAGAAAGAAAUUCUGUAUCCAUUUAGACAAGACACAGAUUUAACCAAAUGGGAUAUUCCUCUUUUUGCUUUAGUACUUCUGACUGCAUGCAAACUAGAACAUAGCGGCCCUCUCCAUCGUGAUCUUAAACAGGACAUACUUAAUCUAAAAGACAUAAGGAAUAAAAUGCAACACAAGGGAGCUCCAAUAUUAGACGAGCAAAUCUACCUCGCUUAUUUAAGCCGCAUUGACGGUGCUGUACAACGAAUAUGUGACUACAUGCAUGCGCCGGAUUUGAAAGAAUCACUUCUCAAAGAACUUGAUGAGUACAAAAGCCUCAGGCAUACAUAUCCAAACGGUCUUGUGCCAGAGUUGGGUUGCAAAUCCAUUGACAUAAUUAACGAUGCUGAUGCACCGGUUGUACACGGUUUUCAGCAAUUGGAGAUGAUCAUUCAGGAAAAGGGGUUGUCAGUAGAUAUACCAGUUUUGGAUGUCAUCGUCAUGAUACGGAAUUACAAUCAAGAAGACGAACACGCCAUAACGGAACGACUACUAAGAUCAUUUUCAGAGGCACUAGAGAAUGCUGACCAGAGCUCAAGUGAGCUGGAUGUUGCAGUAAAGAACCUUGUUCGUGAAAUAUUUGACGAGAAAAAAGAGAUAACGAAGGUCAGCAGGGGUUGUCUCGUACUAUCAAUCCAGUGUCACUCUAUCGACGCAGUUAUUUCUCUAGUACAAGACAGCCUUUCGGGGAAGCUUGGGAAUUUAUUUGAACCUCUUGAAGAAGUAAUGCGCACUUAUGAAAACCAUGUUCUCUUUGAAGUAUAUGUUGGCAUUACACGCCAAAGCUGUUGGGCUCUACUGAACGAAAUGUUGUGUCAAGUGUCCGACGCAUGUGAGAGACGCAGUUAUACGUUGGAGAGCAAAGUGCAAGACUCUGUCAUUUUUGUUAGAAUUAAACGCUUUCUACAAAGUUUUACAGAGAAAGAAACAUUAGAAAGGUCAUUUUUCUCGAAGGAAAAACAGGAAAAACUCAAGCUGAUCAAAGAAAAAUUGACAUUAGAACUUAAACAACCUGAAAUGGAGAUGGAUUUUUUGUUUCCGAAGCACGCGAAAGAGAUACAAGACGUUGCUGUUCCAUCAAAGUAUGGACCCGACUUCAGUAAGUUUAAAGAAGACAAAACAUUGGUGGCCAUGAACAAGUUGAGACUUGACGAAAUGAAUACGCUGGAUCAUCAAAUGUCCCAGCAUAUGGACCGUGAUCCUGACAGAAAACAAGCAAUGUCCAUGAGAUUGUCCAAGGUGCUCGGAGAUAUCGGGGUCAAUAGGGAGAUGAUCAUCUGGAGGAGGAAGACAUGGUUGACCAAUGAAAAGCUUUUAACAGUCUACAAGUGUUUCUUACAAAACCCCAAAACCUUACAAUGUUUUAUCUUUGGCAGCCAAUCUGAAGGCACGACGACAUUGGGAAUGGAGUCAGAUACAGAUGAAUUUUGCAUUUUCUCUGAAACCAAUACAACGCAGGAUUGGUCUGAAUGGCAGACUGCAGGAAUCCGAAGUCUUCUGCUUCUAAAGAAUGAGCACUACGCGUCACAACCGGACAUUUCACUACUAGUCACAUUGAAUAUGCAGAAUGUGGAUAGGGAGGGAAGAAUGCUGUUGCACAAGACUCGCGUUGACACAGAGACUCAAACAUCUUUUGGAAAGACUUCUAUUGAAACAGGUCCAUCAGGAAGAAAUUCUAAAUAUUUCGAUUUUAUGAAUGCGCCUCGCUGUAUCAGACGACCAGAUAAAUGCAUGUUCCUCUUUCACAGACCACGGCCGGGGCAUUGGCCCACAUCCGCAAUAUUGGCAAAGGCAAGGCAGACUCCAAUGUACAUAGUCCCACAAGGGCACACUGCGGGUUUUUAUCCUGAAUUGGAAUGGAGAUUUUCUACACCUCAUAUAGAAAGACUGCUUAUGUUUGAUUUGAAUAUGAUCCAUCUUAAGGUUUACAUUUUCCUCAAAAUAUUAAGAAAAACCUUUUUCAAAACAUAUUUUAAUGACAGGUUUAGUUCCUUCCACGUAAAGACUGCCAUGUUCUUCACCAUAGAGAACUACCCACCUAAUAUUUGGAAAAACGACAAUCUGAUACAGUGUGUGAUCUAUUGUCUUACCACACUCAUGCGCUGGUGCAGGAUACAUUAUUGCCCACAUUACAUCAUCUCUGGUGUGGACCUAUUUGAGGGAAAACUGAAGAAGUUUGAACUGACCCAUAUCUCAGGAAUGUUGUCAAAAAUGAUAGAAAACAUUUACCAGUAUGUUGAAGACAUAAAGAUUGACCAGGUGGGUGCGAGAAUGUUAAUGUUAACAGGAACCAAACUCCCAAUCAUAAUACCACGAUCUGAGAAUACACUGAGCAUUCUGCAAUUCUGUUUGGAGAAACUUCUUAUUCAUUUGUGCCUCUUUGCAUCAUUUCUCGACGAACUAAGAGAGGGCAAUGUCUCACAGCUAAUUGUAAAAUGUAGCAAAAUGCUUCACGUUUGCGAUUUAUUCGUAAAGGAAACUGACAACGCGUUCACCAGGGAUGCAUUUUUCAUGCUUAUCAAAUCAUUGAAAAUUCUCUUAACCUCAGUCAAGGUUUCAGUUUUCGUGCAGGCACACCAAGCUAUUACAGAAGAAAUAAGCGACCAGUACCAAGCUUCUAUGGACUUCGAUAUAUCCUCCGGCAGAUUGAAAUUCGCCACCAUGCUAUUCUGCACUGGACAGUAUUGUAAAGCAGCAGAAGUUUUAGAACAUAUUGAACGACUUCUGCAUCCAGAUGUUUGGCAAUUCAGUUUUAAUAAAGUAGGCAAACAAUUCAGACCCAGUCAAAUCUUGUUCUGCAAUGCGCGUAACCUGCCUCUGUCAGAGUUUGUUAAGACAUCAGUGGCAUUCAGUGUCAAAUUCUGCCGUCAUGAACUACACUGUGUUCCCACUCGUUUGAUAUUUGAGAUAAACAAAACCUCUCAGGUCAAUCGCAAAUUGGGUGACGGUCAUAUGGAUAGUGUGACUAUUGAAUCUAUUCCGUUUCUCUACUACUUGCAGUACCUCACGUACAGACAACUUGGACAGCAUGCCAAAAGAUGGGCAGCAGUUAAUAAACUUGCUGGCUACCUUAAUGAUGACAGAAAUUGGUAUGGCUGUCUCGAGACAGCAUUCAAUGUGCUGGGCCACUGUUGGGAAUUGGAGCAAAAACUUGACUUGGCCUGGAUGUGCUACUCAAGAUCUCUGAGAAUAAUUCCCUACAACAACGCUGCACACUGGCAUAUGGCAAUUAUAAUAAACAACAUAAUCACAAAGAAAUGUACCACUAGUGCCUCCUACUAGUCAAAUGAGACAAAUUGCUGAAAAAGCUGAACAGCACAUGAACAUGUACACAGCCUUAACGCCGUCAGUUUAAACCAAGUUCAAAGGGAAUUGGCAUGCGUUUAAGAAAUCAAACUGGUUUACAAUUGUGUGAUAGGAUAAGAAAAUCAUCAUGCGCCUUUUUAAAAACAUGGGAGCGUUAAAUGGACUUCAAAAUGUUCACAUUAUAUCAUAAAUUGCUGUAUUAUAUACAUUGUGUCGACGUCAACAUGCUUUGUUAUUUUUUUCCUUUUAGACAAAUCUUUUCAAAGAAAAAUCUGAUGGUCGUAAAAUGUUCACAUAUUAUUAGUAAAAAAUUCCAACAAAUGGUCUCAGGAAGAAUUUUACUUCAGACACAAUGCAAACAUAACAUACACUUAAAUAUUUAUGUACAUGAAGAUACCAUGUUUUUCAUUUUGACCAUUUUUUUAAACAGACCUAUUUUAUUACGGUUUUGUGUGCACAUAAUCUUUUCGAGAAAAUUUGCACGGACAACAUUCUUCGCAUAGUUGGUUGUUAUAUAUGUAAGAAUUCUAAAGAAAAAUACAUUUUAUAUUGAGUUAAAAUGCAUUUUGAGUUGUUUUUUCGCUUUUUGUAUAUUGUUUCACACAAUGUAAGUGCAGGUCCGUGUUUUAUAUUUGAACGUCAGGCUUUACAUCAAAAGUGUCGUUGAUAAUACAUUGCGUCUUCUGAAACUCUCAUACGUGUAUCUGCUAGGUAUUGGUUUAUGCCAUAAUGUUACAUAACUCUUUUCUAUAAAAGUUGAGAAAAUAGAUCGCAAUUUAAACAAAGGAUAAUGUAAUAUGAAUCACGUAUAAGUAUUGUAAUAAUAUGUUAUAAUGACAUCUUCAAAGGUAAGAAAAUCAAUGUAGGACAUAAUAGAGGCAAUCGUGUCACGGUUAAACUGUGUUUAAAAAUGACAAACUUUUAUAAAUAUUUCUGAUUAUUUAUCAACAAGUGUGUAUAUUAUACCUUUGACUAUGUUCGUUUCUUUUGUUUACGUUUAUAGGGACUUAUUGAAAUGUUGAUUUGUACACUGUUCUGUCAAUAAACAUAGCAUAAUCUGCA